AUGGAAAUAGACAAUUCUAUUGGAUCUAUAACUGGUUUUGAUUUAGCUAUAGUAGUAAAAUCUGGUUUAAAAGAUAUUAAUAUUGUUAAUGAAGCAAUGAGCUUUUUAUAUAUUCGAGGAAACAAUAGUUAUGAUGAGGAACUUAUUAAAAUAUGGCAAGAAACAAUUGCUUCUUGA